AUGUCAAGCAACGUCUGCUUGGCAGUGGUCGAGGCAAGGACGCAGAAGGCUGGUAAGCGGUCGUACUUACCGGCGGCUUUCGCCAGCCACCACCAGCAGCAGCAGGCGGCUACGAGCGCCCGAGCGCCGGCCAUCUCAGCGGCAGCGCAUCACACGCGCGCUUUCGCCGGCCGCCCCGGCGGACUGAACACUGUAUGCGCCGCCCCACACGAUCGAUACAGAAAUGUAAUUGUACCCUGUGCAAUAGCUGCGGUCCACAAAGCACUUGGUGGUGAACCAUUAAAUGGCAUCAAAAGGUUAAGAGAACUAAAGCAUAUGAACAAUAAGACCAGAUUAUUUACACUAUAUGGAGUAACAGAAAUGUCUUGUUGGGCAUGUGUGGCUGAGUUAGAUUUAAACAAAAUUGCCACUGACCGUGAAGUACCAUUGGGUAGCUGUCUCUCAGAAACUGAAAUAAAUAUUGAUACAGGGAAAUCAACUGAUCACACUGGCAAAAUAAUACUAGUGAGCAAUACAAGAAAAUGUUACAUUUUAAACAAAUCUGGUACAAAUGGAGAAGAAUGUGCUUUGAAGUUUGUUGACACUGGAGAUAUUGGAGAGAAGAACUUGCAAUGU